UCGGACGGGGUGUUACGUUCGCGCGCGCAUCGUGGAAUCUACUGCUACGUUCAGCCAAGAAGCAAAGGAAAAGUAGUUCGCGAAUCCGGCGAUAGACGGGUUCCGCCGUGCAAAAAAAAAAGUGUUGAAACAAGUUUUUGGACCUUUGCGGGUUUGUUAUGGUUGUGGGACUCGCUCGCCCGCAUGUUUGUUCGCACCCAAGAUUGAAGGGUAGCUGGUUGUUUUUCGGGUGAUUUUACGGCGCUUGGGAUAAUUGCCGGACUAAAAGCAUCUCGUUAGCAACUCGGUUGCACUGUGCAAUUACCUUUCGCGAAGAAUUGUUGAAGAAUAAGCAGUGUCGAAAUAGCACAUCUCGCGGAGAGGGUGUUUUACGCGCAUAUUUUGAUGAAUUGUACCCUUCAAUGUAUCGACAAUAUGCGCCUGGUGAUGGUGUGUGAAUUAAGUCUCACCUAACAAUAAAGUGAGCUAAAGUAUCAUCUCCUUGGAUGUGUCGAGUGCUGAAGAAAUUGGAGAAGAAGCGCAGUCCGUCCCCCCUUGAAGGCUUUUGAGCGUGCGCGCAGAUUUAGGUUCAGUUGAAAGUGAGAAAAGUAGGUCUCGUUGAGUGACCGUUGUGAACGUGCAGUCAGCUGGAACUCCCAGUAGUGUUUGUGGCCAAGCAGGCAGGCAGGCAGGCAAGAAGCAAGGCUGGUGAUUCACGGCCCACUACCCCAGGGGAGGUCGAACCGAGAUAAAUCAUUAUCGGCUUUGUCACGUUGUGCGGUUGAUCUUGCGCUCAGGCUGGUGUUUGUGUGUUUAUGAUAUACCUCCACUAACUGGAAUGGAAAUUCCCUGUUCGCUCGAGUGAGUCUAUGGAUUCAGUGAUUUCGUUCUGGUACCGAGGUGCUGGUGCACUGGUGUAUAAUUAAGUGAUAUCUCACGUUUGUUUACGAGUGCGACGAAUAAUUCAAGUGCUUUCGUGUGUCGCGUCGAGGAGGCAAUUGAGUGUGUAGGAAAGAUAUGAAUUGUUUGUUUGGGCAAGAUAGUGAGUGAAAAUAACGCGAUGUUGACAACAAGAAAACCGGGGCCUCCGGUCCCUCCUAGACCCAGCGCUGCAGCAGUGGCCAAUGCUUUGGCCAGGCACCGUGAGAACUCUCCCAGCCCAGUAGGCGUUCAAACGUUAAAGCCACCGCAUUCAGGACGUACUGUGGUUUACAAAUCGCCAGGAUUCGAUCAAGACAGAAAACCGCAGCACAACGGCACUAACGGAAGUUUCAGCACUAAUGGUGACUCUAAGAAUGGGUUGGAUUAUUCUUUUCAAAAGACCGAAGUUUACCUUGGUGAAUCUAACGGCCUCUACGUACCCCGACCCAUUCUACCGGUUCUGAAUGGCGCUACUCACCGCAAUAAUAACACCAAUUCCAACCUAGUAAACGGGAAACUAAUGUACACCUCAACGUGCAGUAUAAUUGAAAUAAAUUCUUCCUCAUCAGCGUCGACAUCGGCGUCAUCUUCGCCAAUGUCCACGCUUCAAAAGCCCGAAUUCGUCGGCCGUAAUGAGCACAAUCAUCAUAAUUCCGCCGACGAAGACGAUACCAUCUCGAGCCAAAAACAGUUAAAAAAUUCGUACAAUCAUCGACAUCUGGACUCGCUAGAGGAUGCCUCCGGUAUUAGGCGUAAUUCACCCGAUGUAAUUGUGAUCAAUUCGACGUCCUCGGAGCAUGACAGUGGCACCGAGCAGAACUCGAUCGAUACCAAUAGCAUUGCCAGUAGCAAUUCGCUAGAACGGGAAAAUAACCUGAAAAAUCUCGAAAAUCGACAAGCUCACAUGACCGAGAUCAUCAUCGGAUCUGGUGCAGAUCAGCUCGGUUCUACCACAACCGUCGUAACGAACGGAACUUCUACAAUUAUCGAAGCUCGAAACAAUGCCCUCCUCACCAAUCGGUCCUCACCGGAACCCAUCAAACAUGUGAUAAGAACCUCAUCCAUUCGGCUCCCGUACCGUCCGGAACCAGAAGGCGGAGAGCAUGUCUCUCCACCGAAUGAUCGCAAUAACGCAUCCAGCCCAAUGAUCAAACCCCCGUCGAUCGACCCGAAAACGAUCGAUUCGAAGCUGAGCGAGAAGAAGGUGGCCUUCCAUGAGUUGCUAAUUUCGGAACUAACGGCAAUGAGACAAUCGAACGCUCAGGAGGUCAUCGGCAGUACCUUCGCGGCCGCUGAUUCUGUAUCCAGGCGACAGCGAUGCCCCCCGGAGACGCGAUCUUCGGCGGAUGUUUCGCCAAAUGGCACCGCCAGCCGGCCGGCUCGGAUCCGUACGGCCGAUUGGAUUGAGGUUGGCGAUAACGGGAAGGAGGUUGUACUUUCCAGCUGUCAGAUCAGCCUGGAAGAUUCGGGCAUGGAGGAUGAGGAAAAGCUGGAUGAUGCCUCGUCCGGAGUAGGGGACUCCUGGGAUAGCGUGAAGGAUGCCGAGGAACGCAUCACGAUGUCCCUGCCGGGACUGCCCCCGCUACCGAAGAGUCUUAGUGGUUUCGAUCUAGCAGGUCACCAGCUCCAAGCUCACCAACUGCACCACCUCCAGCAGCAGCAACAGCAGCAUCAGCAGCAGCACCAUCAGCUGCAGCAACACCAUCAUCAGUCAUCUCAUCAGCAGCACCAUCUGCAUCCGCCACAGCAUCAACCACCACCUCCACCUUCUCAGCAAUUGCUGCUACAGCAGCAGCAACAGCAGCAUCAGCUUCCUCCAUCCCUGAAUCACCACCCGACGAAUCCGUUUAUCCCGAUCGGGAUCAAUCUGCAGAGUGUCAGUAUGGCCUCGUUGGUUUCGCAGCAUGGCCAUUCGCCGGUCAGUACCGUCAGCAGUGGCAACAGUAUCGUGGCAACACCAAACAGUGGUUCCAGCAGUGGCGGUGGCAAUGGUGGGAGCAGCAUUCGGAAGCCUACCAAUCUAGAUACCCAGCUGGCGAUCCUGCGGAGAGAAAUGUACGGUUUGCGACAGCUGGAUCUGUCACUCCUCUCGCAGCUGUGGGCCCUGAACGAAUCGAUUCAGGAAUUCCGCACGAUGAUGCAGGAGCAGGAAACCCUCUCGCCACCCUCGCCAACGCCGUCCAACUCGGACGUCAAUUCGGUUUCAUCGGAUGACGACGACGAAGAUGAUUCGUCCAACACGCAGACGGUCGGCGUAGGUGGGCACCUCCUGUCCGGCGGUCACAACCUAAUCGAAUCGGUGGCCGCCGCCUCGGUGCUUAGUUCAUCUCAGGCAAGUCGGAUGAGGGCUCCGCCGCCCCCACCGCCGAACCGGAAAGCACCCUCUCGGCCGGUGUGAGCCAACCAACAACACGUUCCAAAUAUGAAAGCACUCUCUCUUCUUCAAGUUCUAGCCAAUAUCGAAAGCAAAAAGUUAAUCAAAGAACGCGUUUCUUUUUAUUUCGGUACAUGAUCCUAAGCACGAAGAGGAUCUAAAAAAAGCUAACUCAAUUAGAGGCAAAGGUUGGUCGUUAGUGAUGUUAAACAAAGGGACAACCCCGAAAACGUAAGUCAAUAGAACAAGACAAUUUUCGCCGGCAAAUUUUCGUUCGUGGCGGAAUCGAACCCGAGCGAAGGUUUGCCAGCCUAAUCGUAAGGAAAAAAACAUAAGACAUUAGCUCCCGUAUCUCUCGUGUAAAUAUUAACGUAACGUAAAUUCAUUCAAAUGUGACUACAAGUAAUUAAUUAAUUAAUUAAUUAUAGGAAAACCAUUGUUCCAAAAUAUUGAAAUUGCAAACCCGUGAAAAGCGAGUAAAACACAUCUGAAACAAUAA